AUGUCCUUUAUAGAUUACUAUCCUAUAAUAACACUCCCUAGAGUGAGUGAUAUUCCUUUACCUAACAAGGUUGUUAUACCUCCUAUCACUAAUAUCAAUGAAACCAUUAUUGAUGUGGGGAUUUCCAAAUCUAAUAUAUCCAGUUAUAUCAUAAAACCAUCACCAAGAUUAAUCUGGUCUCAUCCUAUUUCUCCAUCAUGUAUCAUUGAAUGUAUGGAUUCCAAAGAUCAUCAGGAAUACAUUGUUGGUGUUACCGAUAGAAAAGUUCAUAAAGUCAUCGAAUUAACCAAAGAAGGUGAACAAUCUAAAGAAUUCAAAAUACAUAAAUGUGUAAAGAGUAUCAAAUAUUUGGGUGAUAGAAUAGUAAUGAUAUUCCAAGAUGGAGAAUUGAUGUUCAUUAAUGAUAUAAAUGAACUUGAAAAUGAUAGUUCAAAGAGUACAAAAUCCAAAUCAGAAUUAAUUUACUCAAAUGUUGGUGAAAACAUCAUUAUCAUCACCAAAACUAAAGAUCAAUUUAUUUAUAAAGUAUUUGACCUUCAAGGAAAUAUCGUUAAUGAAUUACAAGAAAGAUUCGAACAAAGUUUGUUUGAAUAUAAUGAUGAAUUUUUAUAUAAAUCAUGUAAUGGGGUACUUAGUAAGAUGGAUUUAAGUUUAAAAGUUGUCAAACAAUGGGAUAUCGGUAUUGACAUAACAUCAAUGUCAGUUUCAAAUGAAGAUAGAUUAAUAAUCUCCAAUGAUCAGAAAAUUAUGUUAGUUAAUAUGAGAUUUGAAACUUUAUUGGAUACUUUGGAUAUCAAUGAAGAUAUUUAUAUCGAUAAUGUUAUAAAGAUCACUGAACCCAAUGGUAUAAAUACCUUUGGAUUAUUCUUAAAGUUGAAUAAUAAGAAGAAUAAAACCACUUUGAAUAUCACAAACAUCAAUGUAGGAUUGAAUAAUUUGGUAAAUAAUUUAGGUAAGAAAUUCGAAAAACCUCAAACCAAAUUAGUUGAAUUAAAGAGUUUGAAAAAUAUUAACGAUAUUGAUGAAGAAGUUGAAAUUCCAGAUAUUUUCCAAAAUUCAGACGAAUUGAAAAUCUUAAAAUACUUCAAAAAUAUCAAGAAAUUGGAUUAUUAUCUGUUUGAAGAUACUGAUAGUAUAAUCGAUAUUAACUUAAUACCUUCAUUAUUCAAUAGUAAAACCAUUGAAGAAUUAAGUCAAAUGGAAUUCUUAAUGCAUUAUUUACUUUCCCAUCCAUUCUUCCCCAAAGAAAAGACCAUAGGAUUAAUCAAAAUAUUGGAAAAUCCAAAAUUAAUCAAACAAUGUAUCACUAAAUGUUCAAACUUACCUGUUGAAGAAUUGUAUGAAAACUUAACUAACAAGACUUUCUUCAAAGAGACCGUUAAUAGAAUUUGUGAAAACAAUUUAAUUGAAAUUCUUCCAGGAUUCCAAAGUUACUUACAAUCCCAUAAUAUUGAAUUUGAUGAAUUAUUAAAUAAUUUGAUUGAGUUGGAUUCCAUCAACAGUUGGAAUUUAAUCAAACUUAUCAUUGAUAUCAACGGAUUAUUCAACUUAUCCAAUGAACUCAUCGAUAAAUUAAUCUUAUUGAUUAAUGAUAAACUCGAUAUCUUGGAAUUGAAUAACUUUAAUUUAACAUUAUUGAAUUCCAAUGAUUUCGUUAAAUCAGAAUCUUUACCUAACUAUUCUUAUGAAAAAUUAAUUAUAUAG